GGUUACCAUUGUUUGACGCGGUUCGUGUCCGAAGAAACUGUCCAGAGUGGGAAGGGCAGCUUGGAGCUCAUGGCCAGCCUCUUAAAGCUGGCUCCCAGGCACUUCAUCGAGUUGCCGGACCAGCCCUGGCUGCAGCCCGUCUACGAGCGUUUCGGCACCGCUCGGGCGUUCUUGGACGCCGCCGCCCAGCGCAGUGGGCAGAACUGGCACUUCGAGGGCCCCUUGGUGCUCUCCGAGUGGUACGGAAGGCGGGAACUUUGGUACUUGGAAGAGUCACCUCUAGAGCCUUCCACCACGGCCUCCAUCCUCUCUGUGCGGAAGGAAGCCGAGGCGAUCUUUCCAACGCUGCUGCCCCAG